AAAUAUUUUCUGCCUGGCAACAUUUUGCCUCUCGCCAUUUUGCAAUAAUGUCAGCCAAAUCAUCAGCUCGAAUUUUAAGUUAAAUUUUGUGUGAUAUUUCGUGUAUUUGAAGUGCUUUUUUUAUUUUGGACGCCUGCAAUUGUUGUGUUGAACAAAAUGGAUCGUUUUAUUAGCAUGUGGAAGGUGCGGGAGCUGGCCGACAAAGUAACAAACGUAGUAAUGAACUACACGGAGGUAGAAGGAAAAGUUCGUGAGGCGACGUCGGACGAGGCGUGGGGGCCCACCGGCCAGCAGAUGCAGGAGUUAGCACUGGCUACAUUCACCUACGAGCACUUCCCCGAGGUCAUGAGCAUGCUGUGGAGACGGAUGCUGCACGACAAUAGGGCGCACUGGCGGAGGACGUACAAGUGUCUGCUCCUACUAAGCUACCUGGUGCGCAACGGGUCGGAGCGCGUGGUGACGUCGGCGCGGGAGCACAUCUACGACCUGCGCAGCCUCGAGAACUACACGCAUGUCGAUGACCUGGGGAAGGACCAGGGCAUCAACGUGCGCCACAAGGUGCGCGAGCUCAUCGACUUCAUCCAGGAUGAUGACAAGCUGCGCGACGAGCGGAAGAAGGCCAAGAAGAACAAGGACAAGUAUAUAGGCAUGUCAUCAGAAGCGACGGUGAUGGGCACCCGCUCCGGGUCGGGCGGCUGGGGCGAGUACAGCGACCGCGGCGCCGGGAACUGGGAGGAGCCCAAAGACCGAUCUCGCAGCAUCGAUGAAGAAGAGUAUGACCGAGCUGACGACUCGGAUGGAGACUACUCCACGCCAAGGUCUACACAGCCACAGCCUAGCAAAGAGAACGUGUACCGCGACACUCGCGAAGAAGACACGCCCCCUUCACCCCCGCGCGCCCCCUCUCCCGUCAGCGCCCCCGUCGGUUCCCGCCCCCGGGAUAAUAGAGCCUUGAACAUACAGCUGAAGACGCCGCAGAAGACUAAGAGCAGUACGCCGGCUAAGAAGAUUGAUUUAGGCGCGGCGGCCUCCUACGGCAAAUCCGGCGCCCCCGCUAGCUCAGCCCCCGCCGCCGCCAACACAAACAAGUCUCAGGAGCUGUUGGACGACCUGUUCAAGACCUGCGCCGCGCCCAGUGAGGAUGACUUUGAUCCACGAGCGGACGACCCGAAGCCCGCAAAAGAGCCGGAUUUUGGCGACUUCACAGCCGCAUUUACCGCCCCCGAGUCAGCGCCCCCAGUGACGUCACUCGCGCCCCCGGCAACGUCACUGGCGGGGGGCGACGGGUUUGCGGACUUUAGCAGUGCGUUCACGGGCGGAGAUGCGGGUAGCAACGGGUUCGAUGUUUUGGGGAACUCACAAGCAUCAAACCUGGACCUACUCAGCUCGCUCUCCCCCUCACUCGUCGCGCCACUGUCCGCGCCUUCGCUCGACGGGCCCGGGUUCGACGGUCCCGGGUUCGACUCCGGUGCCGACGCGCUGGCAGGACUCACGCUGAUGCCCACACCCGCUGGUGGAAAAGAAAUGGCCUCGAAGACUUCGGUACAAGAGUCCUUGCUCCGGGAUCUCAAAACCAUGACCGCUACCUUGCUCUCUAUUAAGAAACUCAAAAGUGAAUCCGAAGUCAAAACUAUACAGAAAUACUUUGAAAACAUUAUACACAACCUCCCCGGACCAAUCACCAUACAGAAGCUAUGCAGAGUUGAUGAUUACACGUUUAACUUGGAAGCGAUAGAUGUGUUGUCUCAAAUGCAAAGCUCUGUCAUCAAGUUUGUUCUCCCACAGUGGCCCAUCUUCAAAGAUACGGUUGAAAAGAUCUUUGUCAUUGAAGAAAACUUUGAGGUGGUGCGAGAGACGUUGACCGUUCUAUGCGGCUUUCUCCAACAUGAGUGUAAUAUAAACUCAAUUGAGGCUCUAAGCUUCAUUCUACUGAAGUUUGUUAAAAGCGACUGCAUUCUGUCAUCCGUGGUUGACUGUAGUAGCGUUGAACUGCAGGAAAAUUAUCGCCUCUAUCAAUUGCAAAGCGAUUGGCAGAACUAUGUCCAGUUAAUUGUGACACUGCCAGAACGAGUGGCAAAUAAAUUGGAGCGAAGGACUCCGAAAGAGUUCUCGCAUGAAAACUACUCGUACAUAUUGAUCUUUCAGAUUAUUCGCAGCAUCGAUUACAUGGCUGAGAGUACGUUCCAUCACGAUGUUCAAUAUGACAUGUCGUAUUUAGCUCAUUUGGUGUCUAAAUUUGUCGUCCACUACAGUAUGGCUGGUAAUUCCGAAGCUAUGAAUAAAUUCAUAGAUGUGAUUGUUUUCUGGGUCGGUAAAGAAAAUACGGAAAAGACGAAAUUCAUUAAAAAGAAACUGUUUCAUAAACUAGUCCAUCACAUGACACGACAGGCCCUGGAUACAUUCUCUGUAAUUCUUAUGAAGAGAUGCGUGAUCAAUUAUAAAAACCAGGAGCAAUCCAUUUUGGAGGUAUUAGGAGACAACAUCGAUACUAACAAGGAUUUGAAACAAGUCCUAUGUUACAAGAUACCCUUCAAUACUGUACCAAAGGAUUACAAAAACACGCUGUUCUGUGAAAACCUGGUUUACUACAUAUCUACUAGUAGCACCGCUCCAGAACUUCUAACUGACUUCAUCCUAAGACUGGGUCUAGUCUGGUCAGACGUCAAGUCCUUGAAUACCACGAAUUACAGCCAGCACAUGUUCAUAUCUCAGAUACUAGUGCUAGCAGUCAAGUAUAGACUGUUGAUGGCUGCGAAUAUGAAAGAGAAAUGGGACUCGCAAGCUCUGAAAAAUGUCCUAUUUAUGGGGAUAUCCAAGCAUUUGGACAGUCUGUCGGCCGAGUUCAGGACUAUCGGCAUGGCCACCGUGGAAAUAAUCCUCAACAACCUCAAAGCGGUGGAGGAUAAAGAUGGCGCAACGCUGAAUUUUGACUACACCGCCAUCUGUGAGAAGUUUCAGGAAAUACACAAGACUCUGUUCAAACUGGACACGAAAUGUCUCCUAGAUCCUAAUGUGAAGCCUCCACCGAAAUACAAGGAGAAGACCAUAAAUAUCAAUGAAGUUCUUGAUUCAAUUGCGUAUAAACUAGUGGAAGAAGAUGAGAAACCAGUUCAGAACACGCUGAUAACGAGCGCAGUGAAAACCCCGACGCAAACUAAAGAGAUAAUCAAAACGAUAAUAGCUGAAAAACUCAGUGCGUUGACCAAACGACUGGACCCGGACCCAGAUUUAGAUUCAGACGACGAACUACAACCUUACGACAUGAGUAAUGAUCUGCCAGCUUCUGCCAAGAAGAGACCAGCGUUCUUAAGAGAUCUGAUAGAGAAACUAACAGACGCAGCUGAUAUAGAAGACUAUGAGGCUUGUCUAGCGGUGGCAGAAGAUUUAGUUCAUGCGCAACUCAAAAACGACGACCCAAAACUAGCUAUAGACUUGCUCAACCUAUUCAUUCAUUUAGAAAGCAAGUAUAACAUCGAAGAUUUCGAUAACAUUCGAUUCGCGAUUUGCAUUGCUAUAGUUGUGGCGCAACCGAAAGUCAGCGCUGAGCAUUUGUGCAAAGAAUUCCAUUCGGACAUAGGCAGGUACUCUAUAGCUACCAAAAUACUGAUGUUAGAUGUGUUGUCUGAGUCUGCUAAUAGAAUAUCAGAUGUUCGCGAUGGUCCAAACAAACCUCCACCGAAGAAGGAUAUAGUGGUGAAACAGACAGCGUCGGACGACAAUCUACCCGCUGAGGAGAUAAUACGGCGACGACUGCUGAAUAAAGUCAAGUACACACAUUCCAAAAGGCUUCACCCGUUCGCUAAAGCCAAGAGGAAUCAAUUUGCGGCAGUAUCCGACAGCUUUUUCUAUCCUCUCGUGAGUGGGUUUGGACGAAAACAGCUGUCUCUAAGCUAUCAUAACCUCAAACAAGACAUCGACAAUAUUUUGCUAAUAAAAUACUUGUCUGUGGUCGGAAAUAUAAUUCUCGCGUCGAAAAACUGUCCGAAUUGCCCCAAAUACUGCGGCGAAUUGAUGGAGAUCUUGCUAUACUUGCGAUACAACUCUGAGCCCAAAAUACAAGUGUGCGUUAUGUCUCUCAUUGCCUCGAUUAUUCUGGCGGUUCCAAAGUCGAUGAUUAUUGCAGAGUUUCUGGAGUAUAUGGUGGACUUUAGGGAGUGGUUGAACGAUUGUGUGAACCAGAUGGACCUGGCUAUGGUGGGCGGCCCGAAGGCCGAGGCGGCGGUUAUAGCGGGACAGACGCUGUAUCUGCUGGAAAAGGCGAUUAUGGAGGAGGAAUUGCCGAAUGUGUCGUAAAUUUGACGUUUGUUGGAGAUGAUAAUUUGGAUAGGGUUAGGUUUUGAGGUAUUGUGAAGACUGGUUCGUAAUGAGACCUAAAGUCAGUGAAGGGGAAAUGUUUUUUGGAUAAUUAUGAAGUUAUAGUCAGUAUAUUGUAGAACUUCUAUGUAGUAAUUUUUAAACGGCCUGUGUCUAUUAUAACUGUUUAUGUAUUUAAGAAUGUAAUUUCAGUACAUUACGAAAAUACGGAUUUCUGACAAUGGCCUUGGUAUUUUUACCAAAUGAAAGCACUGGGGAAAAGUUGUUAUUUAGGGGAUUGGUCCCUUUAUUUAGGGGGUAUUGUAAGUUUGUUUGUCGCACUGUGAGGCUGAUAGACUGAAGGUUCGGGGGACAAAAUAUUAAAGAUAAUAUUUAUGAAAUUAGGUACUUCAUUACGAGUUUCAACUAUCCUUUUGGAACUUAAUUGAUCUUUUAGAGGGUUUGAAAAUAGAUGUUGUAAUUGUAAAACCUAUUUUCCUAAUCACUUUGAAAUGACAGUCCUCUUAAAGCAUUUAGAUUGAAACGGUACUAUUUUUACUAUUAAGAUUGUAAGUCUAUGUCUAGUUUACCUACCUAUUCAAUAUACAUUACAUAAUGUAAUCACCUCUGUUUCUGUUAGAUUAGGUACCGAUACACUCGAAUUUCAGUACAUUUUAAUAGCUGUUUAAAGUGUAAUUUAAUUAGUAGAUAAGGUAUUUUUAAUGUUAAAACUAUGUGUUAAACGUUUGUAAAACAUAUUUAAAGAUAUUAUAAACUUAAGAUACAUCUAUAUUUCUGAACAUCACGUAAAAAUCUGUUUUACCGUUUUGCAAAGCAAACUUGUAACCCACCGAUAGAUUAAGAUCACAUUUUGUGUCAAUAAAACUAUUUAGCCGUCA